AUGCCUGGCAUAGAACAUAUUCAUCUGGGCCCAACGAACCGGGUACCAUUGCUUCGAUAUGCGAGAAGCAAAGAACAAGCAAGUCACCUCCCUGUGAAGAACUUCAAAAGGCACCCCCAGGGACCUACGAGCCAGGAAAAUGCCAAGAUAUACUUUAUUGGCACAGCAACCACGGUAAUUGAAUGGGGGGAUUUCCGUAUUCUUACCGAUCCAAACUUCCUACACGCGGGUGAUCACGUUCAUCUUGGCCCAGGAGUCAGCGCAACACGACGCACAAACCCAGCGCUAGAUAUUGAGGAGCUACCUGCUGUUGACUGCAUCUUACUCUCUCACUAUCACGAAGAUCAUUUUGACAAACUCGUGGAGGAUUCACUUAACCGUGCAUUCCCUAUUAUUACAACUCCGCACGCGACGCAAUGUCUCACCUCGCCAGAUCGAAAUAAGGAACCAUUCACACGGGUAACAAGUUUGGACCAAUUUGAAAGUUCUAUCAUACAAAUCGACUCUCAUCCUGAUCAAAAUGGACAAAAACGUGCAGUUAAAGUCAGCGGACUGCCUGGCAAACAUGUUCCUCCUGGGCUACUGUCAGCUGCCAACGAUUUCAUGCAAGCUGUUCCUCCCACCAACGGAUGGCUUGUAGAGUUGGGAUACCAAAAAGGAACCGAUAUGGCAGACGAAAUAGGAGUGGGGUACCGAAUUUACAUAACUGGAGAUACACUCUAUGUCGACGAGUUGAAAAGAAUACCAGAAUACCUUAAGAACCAGCGCCUUGAUCUUAUGUUGGUUCAUCUAGGGGGAACAACAAUUCCGGGUCCUUCUAUGCCACUGAUUAUGGUGACAAUGGACGCGAAGCAAGGCCUUCAGCUUAUGAGACUCGUCGAUCCUGAUGUCACGAUUCCGAUUCAUUAUGAUGACUACAAUGUUUUUCUGUCCCCAUUAUCUGAUUUUAAGGACCAAGUUGACAAAGGUGGAUAUGAGAAACGCGUUGUUUACCUGGAUCGCGGAGAUGCAUAUGAGUUCUCGGUUAAAGAUGCGCCAUCGGUACUAUAG